AUGAUCAGUCAAUUUAUUUUUAUAUUAUUAUUUUACAACAGUGUAAAUGUCAAUUUUUUUGUUUUUGGAUACAACUCUGAUUAUCAUGAUAUUGUCGAGAAACAAAGUAAUAAUAUACAGGACAUACUAGGUCUUAGAAAUCAUGUUUUGGAGCAAGACAACAUCAACACUCUUCCUUAUUAUAGCAAUGAUAAGACAGAAUACCAGAAAAAUAAUAUAAGAAAUGUUGACAAUCCACUGAAAUAUGAAUUGGAUAAUUGGACUGGUAGGUGGAUGCCUGACAAAGAUAGUCCUAACACUGACAAGAACACAAAUAUAAAAAACUUGGAUGUUCCAAUGAAAUCCGAAUUGGAUAAUUGGACAGGUAGAUGGAUGCCUGAUAAAGAUUCCGGGGUGGUUCCGAUUCCUGUUGCUGAUUCUGAUAAUAAUCAUCUUUCAGAUGAUAAUACGCAAAUGGGAAAAAUUCCUCAAUGUGAUGACGGAAAAAAUCUUCUGGAAGUUGACUGGGAUGGUUCACCGAUAAAUUACACAUGUUUCAGUAGAAAAAUAAUUCCCAGUAAUGAGAUACACCCUGAAUUGUAUUGUGAGAAAAUACCCAAGUUAUACAGUGCUCGUCAUGCAUGUAUGAACGAAUCUAUAGAUUAUGAUGACAAAAUUCCUAUUGGAACCCAUCGUCCAGUUUGGCCAGUUUAUGGUGAAUAUAAAUUUGUACCAAAGCAGCGAUGGAUUCAUAGUCUUGAACAUGGAGCAAUCGUAAUGCUUUAUCAUCCAUGUGCCAAUAAAAAUCAAGUUAAUUUAUUAAGAAAACUACCGUUCGCAUUAGUGACGUGGGGUUGUCGAUUAACAAUGUCAACCAUAAGUCCUUACAUUGUUAGAAAUUUUAUCCUUACCAAAGCUCUUCACGGAGCUGAAACUACUCCAAAGGAUGGCGAAUUUAAUGAAGGAUUAAUGCAGAAAGCUAAAACAGUAUCAGAUGAAAAUGAUUCCAAGUUAUGCCCAUUAGACUCCAGUGUAGUAAUGAUAAUUAUCUAG